AUGAGCAACCUGCUCACAAAUCAGCCUGGAGCUGCAGUCUUGAGUGUCCAGGUGCACAGAGCUGUGCUCCAGGGCCUUUGGAAAGAGAAUGUCAGUGGGACACCGGGGUGCACAAGGGUCUGUACAGUCCUGCUGCAUGGCCAGGUCUGCCCCUUCCAGGACAGCACUGAUGACCUGGGCACCACGACCUCCAUUUUGUUCACCUGGCCCCUUGAAAAUACUUCACUGUGCUAUCAGCCCCCGCAACGGUCAUCUUUCCAGAUAAAGCUGGCCUUCAGGAACUUCGCCUGGCCUGGACUGGGCGUGGAGGACCACCAGGAACUUGUCCUAGGCCAGUUGGUGCUUCCGGAGCCCAACGAGGCCAAGCCAGAUGAUCCUGCUCCACAUCCUGGGCAACACGCAUUAACAAUGCUGGCCCUGGAGCCAGCACCACCACUGCUGGCGGACCUGGGGCCUGCUCUGGAGCCAGAAUCACCUGCAGCCCUGGGUGCACCAGGAUAUCUACAUUCAGCACCAGCACCAGCACCAGGGGAAGGGCCCCCUCCAGGGACACUGCUGGAGCCACAGUCAGCCCCAGAGUCACCAUGUCCCUGUCCUGUAAAGAACCAACCCCCUGAGGAGCUGCCUGACAUCACGACCUUCCCUCCCAGGCUGCUGGCAGAGCAGCUGACCCUCAUGGAUGCGGAGCUGUUCAAAAAGGUGGUGCUCUACGAAUGCCUCAGCUGCAUCUGGGGUCAACAAAAGAAGAAGCAGAAUGAGCACGUGGCACCCACAGUUCGUGCCACCAUCGCACACUUCAACAGCCUCACCAACUGUGUCACCACCUCCUGCCUCGGGGACCACAGCAUGAGGGCCUGCGACAGGGCCAGGGUGGUGGAGCACUGGAUCAAGGUGGCCAGGGAGUGCCUAAGUCUCAACAACUUCUCCUCAGUGCACGCCAUCGUCUCUGCUCUGUGCAGCAACCCAAUACAUCGGCUACACAAGACACGGGCAGCAGUGACCAGCAAAAGCACAAAAUAUCUAAAAGAACUCUGUGAAAAAGACACUGCAGUGAAGAAGGACCUGCUGAUCAAGGCGGGGAGCUUUAAGGUGGCCACCCAGGAGAGGAACCCCCAGAGAGCCCAGAUGAGGCUGUGGAGGCAGAAGAAGGGCGUGGUCCCCUUCCUGGGGGAUUUUCUGACUGUGUGACAGAGGUUGGAGUCAGCCAUCCCGGAUGAUGUGGAUGGCAACACCAACAAGAGAAGGAAG